ACUUCCAACUUCGUCCGUAUUUUCACCCGCUCCCACUUCCCUGUUCAGAAGUUCCGUAUUCGCGUGCUAAUCACCCGUCGAAUUUCCUCUACUUCAAGCUACGAACCUUGUCAGAAGCAACCCGUCCAUAUGUCUAUGUCCCCCCGCAUACAAUCUCUCUUGACCCCCUACAUUCUGCAUCACUUCAGACCGUCACCCUUCUCUCUUCGCUUACAUGCACCACUGCCUCCCGUCGGCCGCACAACAGCUCUUUGCCGAUUCUAUCGAACGCCAAAAACACGAAGCUUAAAUUCGUUCUGCAAUCAUUCACCGCUCAGACAUCCGAAUCUCGAGCCGACUGCUCACGUUCUUGACUCUUCCCAACCUAUCUCACCACACACUGCCUGGGAGAUCGUCAAUUUAAUCGAAAAAGAGAAGCACGCGAGCGCCGCCGCUCUAUUUAGUGCAACAUUCAAAAACACCAGCCAAAGCACUCCUCCCUCUGGAACAUCUCAACACGACAUCAAAUUAUGCCAAUCGGACUCAAAACACCCCUACUCAAACCUCAUAUCCUCUCUACUCAAGACCUCGAAAAACCUUAGACGACCCUCGCUAGCAUACAAUGUCUACCUCUUCAUAAAAUGCUUUCGGCAAAUUGACAUAUCACAUGUCAACAACGUCAUCUCCGUCCUUUCAGAAUUGGGCAAAAAAGAAUUGUUAGAGCAAGUCUGGAACGAUUUGUUGAAAUUUGAACUCAGCGGCGCGUCAGAUGUGAAACCAAACAUUGACACCUUCGCCAUGAUGAUGAAAUUUUACGGCACCCAAAAGGAACAAGCCAAAUGUCGCGAAGUUUGGAAACUGCUUCUCUCCAAGGAGACUAUCCAACCUACUGCCCAGUGCUACGUAAUUGCCCUGGCGUCCUUAGCCAUCAAAGACUCAGAACUGUAUAACGUCCUGAAAAAAUUCGUACUAGAUUACGAACAAAAUAUGGCUCACCUCCCAAAAAACACACCUGUCGAAAUUGUCAGACAAGAAACGUGCCACCUUUUGCUACAAAAUACAACCUUCAACGAGAUUCUAAAGAGAGUCUCCCCCAGCAUGAUGCCGAAAUUUUUAACUCUGUUGAAAACCGCAAGAUCUUACCUAGACCUGCUGCCUUCAGACUAUGCUAUCGCGCUGUCUUGCUACGUCAAUUGUAACAGAAUUCAAGAGGCCAUAGAAAUAGAACAGGAAAUGUUAUCAAAAAAUAUACAUCAUAACGAAAAAACUCUCACUACCAUGCUCAUUGCAUACAUAAAGGCCGGUAACGUCGAAGCACAAAAAAAAAUCCUUUCCAAACUCUUUGCAAACGAGGAGCUCAAUAUGUUCUCUGCGACCACUCUGAUCAAAUCGCUCGUAGAACAAGGAUACGCGAAAGAGGCAAUCAACAUUUUUAAAAAUCUGGAAAAAACAGAAAUUCCUUUAGACAUUAUGGCCUACAGCAUAGUCAUGAACGCCGCAGCUAGAAUCCCGGACAUCCAAUUGGUCAAAGACCUUCUUUCGUCUGCUAAAAAAAGAGGAGUGGAGAUGGAUAUGUCGUCUUUUUACUGCCUUCAACUCGCCUAUACUAUGAACAAAGACCUCGAAGGAGUUCGAUCGACGAUGCAGCAAAUACGAGACGAGCUAAAAACUGAACCAGAAGAUAGGUCCUGGAGGAGCUAUCUGAGCCUAAUGAUCGAGAAAAGAUGCUGUUCUUCUGAAAUAUUGGAAACCCUCAACAAAAUGUUAGAACAGAACAUUUUGCCAGGAAAGGCUAAUAUCGCAUCCGCUUUGGAGCUUCUGAAAAAACGAGGCGAUAGUGCCGCAUACAAAAUCAUCCUUGAGAUGGCCAAAAAUAAGUGCUUUGGAGUGGAAGUAGCAGACAUGCUGCGGAUAAAGGAACAAAAGGCUUUGCCCAUGGAUUUACUGUUAAACACAAAAAGUGACCAAAUCGAGAAGAGUCGUUAAAAUUUUGUCAAUUCUACAUCUUUUGAGAAAUAGUUCUUCAAGCCGGGUAUGUAUAUAUUAUAGUGAUCUUUUGAGGCGCGCGGCGCUACAAGUUUACAAAAAAUAAACGCUGGUACGCUAAAUGUAUUAUAUAUAUAUGAAAGAGUUGAAAUUGUCUUGAGACCUCUUGCCAUUGCUAAAUCCAAGACGUUAACGCAGACAUCGCGUUGCAAAAAUAAUGCGGCAUUGCUUCCUUCUCAUUUCAAUGGAAAAAUCUCGAUAGAAUAUUCAGCUGCCUUAUCACGCGUUACGAGAUCUAGAUCAAAGUAGUAGACCAGGCUAUUUCUCAAUUUUUGCAUAUUGUCUAGAAGUUCUAUCGUCUUUGAAAGUGCUGAAUUGAUGCUUUUUAGAAUUCUUGCGCAGUCAGAGACCAAAAUAAAUUCGCUGAACCUCGCAUCGAUCAGCAUGCUCACCCA